AUAGAGGACCUCCCGCGUUCAACAAUAGCGCUUCAGUUUUGCAUCUGCAACCUAAACAAUAGGCUUCCCAUCGCUUAUUUUUACGUUCUUACCAAUUGCGCAUAUUUUAGUAAUGCGGGUCGAACGACAGGUUAGUGGCUUUAACAGUUAGUUUCCAGUAGAACAUCCAUUUUAAAUCGCGUGCAGAAAAUGGAUAAAUUUGAAGGCUACAUCUUCACCGCGCUGUGCAGCACCAACUUUCUGGUGUCAUGCCUGCUCUUCUCCAAAGUCACCCGUGAGCAACGAGAGCCCUACAUGGACGAGAUUUUCCAUGUGCCCCAAGCUCAAAAAUACUGCGAGGGGAAAUUCAACCAGUGGGACCCGAUGAUCACCACCCUGCCGGGCCUCUACCUGGUCUCCGUGGGCAUCAUCAAGCCCGUGGUGCGAUUGGCCGACAUGAACGGCGAGGUGGUGUGUUCCACGGCCAUGCUGCGCUUCAUCAACCUCCUCUUCAACUGCGGCAACCUCUACCUGCUCUACCGGCUCAUUUGCAGGCUGCAUCCGAAAGAGAAAACACGAACGGCCGCUCGGCGGAUCCUCUCGGCGCUGUCGCUCUCCACCUUUCCCGUGCUCUACUUUUUCAACUUCCUCUACUACACGGACGCCGGCUCCACUUUCUUCAUCCUCUUCACGUACCUCAUGACGCUGCACAGAUGCCACAAGGCCUCGGCGCUGCUCGCCACCUGCGCCGUCCUCUUCCGGCAGACCAACAUCAUGUGGGUGGCCUUCUGCGCCGGCACCAUCGUGGCCGGCCACAUGGACGACGCUUGGAAGGCGGCGCAUUCCAAAAAGUCCGACGACAGGUCUGCGGCGUUUCAGGUCCCGCUUUCCCGAAGCGGCGCCAAACGAGUCGUGCUUUUCGGUGUGAACUUUUUCACUUCCGUUGGACACGUGAAAGCGGUGCUGCUGGUGGCGUGGCCCUACGCUUUGGUGGCCGCCGGGUUCCUGGCCUUCGUGUGGCUGAACGGCGGCGUGGUGGUGGGCGACCGUGCCAACCACGAAGCCUGCCUCAACUUCCCGCAGCUCUUCUACUUCCUCUCCUUCUCCCUCUUCUUCUCGCUGCCCGUCUCGCUGUGUCACCACCGCGUGCGGCGCUUCUUGCAAGCCAUGAAGAAGCAGCCCGUCCUCUUCCUCGUGGCCACGGUCGCCUCCGUUCUCCUGGUGUGGAAGUUCACCGCCGUCCACAAAUAUUUGCUGGCGGACAACCGCCACUUCACCUUCUACGUGUGGAAGAGGUUCUUCCAAAGGCAUGAGGUGCUGCGCUUCCUCCUGAUCCCCGGGUACAUUUUCGCCGGAUGGCACUUCCUGGACUCGCUCAAGUCGCGCUCCAUCUUCUGGAGCUUGGCGUUCCUGGCGUGCGUCGUGGCCGCCACCGUCCCGCAGAAGCUCCUGGAGUUUCGCUACUUCAUCGUCCCGUACCUGAUGUACCGCUUGCACAUGCCGUUGCCGUCCCUGCCCAGACUGGCGCUGGAGUUUGCGCUGUACACGGCCGUCAACGCCGUCACCAUUUACGUCUUCGUCGCCAAGACGUUCCAAUGGCCGGACAGCGCCGCUGCACAGAGGUUCAUGUGGUGAAUUCGGGGGAGAUUGUGAGGAAGCUCAAAAGGUAAUUCUGUAAUCUUGAAUGCCAUACUGCAUUGUAUGUAAGGGCAGUACAAGCAGACUGUGGUGAGAUUUUUUUUUCUACAAAAAAAGUCACUUUUUUCCACCCUUGUGUUGGUUUUUGAAUUUGUUUCCCUGUAUGUCAAUAAAUUUUGUGCAAAUUCAGUGUUAAAGGUUUUUGAUCUUCAAACUCUUUCUACCGACAUUUUUUUUCUGUCCAACUAAAUGCUUCCUUAUGAUUGUUGUCAUGAAUAAAUAAAAACGAAUA